AUGCAGACUAGAUCAAACUUUAGAUGGAAAACCCCAUCAAGAUUACAGAUCAAAACACCAACACAGCAACAAAUUGUUGCGUUAUCUUAAAUGAUGAUAAGAGCAGAGUCUACUAAAAGAAGACCAGUCAAAGUCAAGCAUUUUGAAAAAGAAUAGAUAACUAAUAAUGUUGAAUCCUAAUAGUAAUUACAUUCGAUUCCUAUAAUAUAAGAAAACUUAAAUAAAGAAAUGCUAGUAUUAAAGAAUAAUUAAAUAUCAUCUAUGAAAGGUUUGUUAGAAUACAAAAAUUUAAAUUAUAUUGAUUUAUCAGCUAACUAAAUAAAGGAAAUAACAGAGAUUAACCAAUUAAAUAUUAAGGUUCUAAUGAUAUCCUAUAAUAAAUUAAAAGAAAUAAAGAAUUUACCACUUUGCUUAAAAAUUCUAGAUGCCAAGAUUAAUAUGAUAGAAAGAGUAGAUCUUUAGAAUCUAUACAAUUUAAAAGUUCUCAAUUUAUAAAAGAAUAACAUAACUUCGGUUAAUUUAUACGGCUUAUACAAUUUGUAAAAGGUGUAUUUGGAUGAAAAUAAGAUUACCUACUUCACAGAUAUCCCUUACCUAGAGUAAUUACAAAUACUGUCUUUAUAGAAUAAUUAAAUAAUCAAAAUCUUUGAGCCAUCAUAAUUAGCCAAAAUACCAAAAAUUAGAUAAAUUCAUGUCUAAGGCAACCCUUUUUCAAGAUUUAUUCAAUAUGAAAAUUAUUUCGAAUAUCUAAAUGAUUUGAACGGUUAGGUACAACCAGCAAAACUUAGAUGCAAGUCUGUCGAAACUUAGAAAAGCUUAAAGCUAGAUACGUCAGAUGCAUUGAUAGCAAAAGAAUAAAAAUUAAACAUUAUUGAUUUUAGUGAAUAGACACCUUUUCCAUCAACGUCUUAAGCCAAAUAAGGCUACACUUUUAAUUAAUAGUUAAUUUAAAAGAUAAUCAAGAAAAAUUCAGGCGAAUACAGCAAUAAUUAUAGAACUGAAAUCAGUUAAUAAGGGAAAAGGGAGAGGUAUAUUAACUAAUUUUCUGUUAAAUAAGCCUAAAUAAAUUUUGUUCCUGAUUUUUCUUUUAUAAAAAAGAUAAAUAAAAAGACAAAAUCAGAUUUAUUUAAUUACAAUGAAAUAGAAAAAAUUCGCGAAAUCAAAAAGUAAUUUACCCAUAAAGAAUCUAUUGAAAUCUGUGUAAGCAAGUAUUUCAUACUUUCAAAAUGUCUAAUCGUCUAUGGAAAUCCUAAAAAUAUUGAUUAAAUUGAGGUUGAUAGUUUGGUUUUAAAAUAUUAUGAAUUGGAAAAUUUAGAAAAUUGUAAUCUCUUUAAUUUUAAUAAAAUCACUAAAUUGACAUUGCAACAUAAUCGGAUUUGUCAUCUACAUGAAAUAAAUCAAUUACUGAAUUAUUUCCAAAAGAUUGAUAUUCUAUAGAUUGAAAAAAAUGAAAUUAAUAACUCGACACUAUUGAAACCAUAUGUGAAUUAUCUUUUUUCUCUUGAUGACAGAGAUAAAAGAAGUUUCCAAAAGCUCUCUGAUAUGAAAUCGAACGUUUAAGAAAGUAUAGAAAUUGAAGAUAACGUGUUACCAAAAAUUAAUAUAAAUUAGUUUGAUUAUUACUUUAACUCAUAUAUUUUAUCAGUUAUUGAUUAAAUAAAUACGUAAUGA